AUGCCGCACCACGACGACCACCACGAAAUCCGCAUGUCGCAAGACGGCAACGGCGAGCCGCUUACUCGCCGCACCUCCGCCCUGGAGGAAGUACCAACGCUUGUGCCGCCCGCCGGUCUUCCCGGCAUCCCCAUCCGCCGCACGAGCACCACCUCCCGCGUUACUUUUGAGGACGAGCGCCCGGAAGGUCUUGAGGCUCUGGCCAGGAGCGCCUCGGCCAUCAGCGGCCACCACUACAGGCACGAGUCUCAAGACAAUGUCUUCGAGCUGCCAUCGAUCCAGAGGCCAAAGCCUGCAAAGCCUGGCGCGUUCAGCACCAUUCGUGAAUUGCCCUCCAACCUCAACACGCCCCUUUCUACGCGUCCUCCGUCGCCAGCAUCCAACUACCAGAUCUCGCGCCCGCCAUCGCCCGGAACCUCCUCCUCUGGCACUCGUACGCCUGCCGAGUAUGAGAACGGUGUUGGCCAGGCUUAUCCAGAGAUCGGAACCAUUGCCUCAUGGAGGGGCGCUAUGAUCCUGCUUUGCACGUGUGGCGCCCAGCUGAUGGACAACGUCUUCAUGACCGGCGUCAACAUUGCCUUGCCCGCCAUUCAGAAGAACUUUGACGUCGACGGAGCUGAUUUGCAGUGGUUGAUCUCAGCCUACACCCUGACUUUCGGAGGCUUUCUCCUUUUGUCUGGUGUUUUGGCUGAUAGGUUUGGACGCAAGAUGAUCUUCUGUGCUGGCAUGGCUACCUUGAGUGUUUGGACCCUGGCCGAUGGUCUUGCAACUUCUUUCAUCCAGUUGGCUAUCUUCCGCGCCAUCCAGGGUAUUGGUGCUGCUAUGACAGUUCCCUCUGCCGUCGGUAUUAUCAGCAACUAUUUCAUUGCCAAGGACCGGACGCUUGCUUUGACAAUUUUUGGCGCCGCCGGAGCCGUCGGAUUCUGUAUUGGCCUCAUUUUCGGAGGGUUUCUUACCUCUUCUCUCGGAUGGCGGUAUAUCUUCUUUAUUGCCGUCGGCAUUACUGGAAGUCUGGGCGCCAUUUCCUGGUUUGUCCUGCCCAAGGAUAGGCUGGAAGGAAACGUGCGCCCUAAGCUGGACUUCGUUGGCGCUGGUCUUUCCACUGCUGGCCUUAUUUUGCUCAGCUUUGUGUUGUCUAGCGGUGGCGAGUACGGUUGGGGGAAAGCAUUCAUCAUUGUGCUGCUUAUCCUCAGCGUUCUCAUGCUCGUUGCCUUCACCUGGGUGGAGAAGAAGGUUGCCAACCCUAUCAUGCCUCUCUCGCUCUGGAAGCUGGAGAACUUUGCUGCGCUCUGGAUUGGUGGAUUCGUCAUGUACGGUGGAUACCAAACAAUCAUCUACUACACGACGUUGAUUGCUCAAGAAAUCAACCAACUCAGCGCGGGUCAGACUGCCCUCCGCUUCCUGCCCAUGGGUGCCACUGGCUUCAUCUUUUCUCUCUCCAUGUCCCGCAUGCUCGAAAUAUUCAACACCAAGUACCUCCUCAUCACUGGAAUGGCUAUCUGCGCCAUCGCCCCGAUUCCAUCCGCUCUGAUCAAGGAGGGCGACAUCAACUUCUGGAAGCACGUCUUCCCCAGCAGCAUCCUUAGCGUCGCCGGCACCACUAUUGUCUACUGCACCAUCACCGUUGUGCUCCUGGCCUCUGUCCCCGUCAACGUCAAGAGUCUGUGUGGAGGUAUGAUCAACACUGCCUUCCAGAUCGGUAGCGGUGUGGGCCUGGCGCUCGCGAGUGCUAUUGUCCAGGCUGUUGACACCAGCAAGGGCCAUGGACCUAUGCAGCAGUACGGUACCGGACUUUGGUGCUGCGUUGGUCUUGCUGGCGUUGGGAUGGUUGCCAGCACGUUUGGCGUAAAGAACGUUGGAAAGCCGACCAGUGGCCCGGUUAUGGCUCACUGA